GGAUGCUGGGAGGAGGAAGAGGAGGAGGAGGAAGACGCCAGCUCAGGCUGCAGGGAUGCUAACAGCACCGACACACACACACGGCUAACACACACACACACACACACACACAGAGGGACAGAAGAGAGGGGGAGAGAAAGGGGGGAGACAGAGAAAGAGAGAGAGAGAGAGGGGACAGGUGGAGGGAGGCUGUCAGCACACACACACACUAACACACACACAUACUCAGAGCUGCAGUCAGGCUAAUUGGUUAGCAUGCUCAGGAUAGGGGGCUAACCCACACACACACACACACACACACACACACACACACACACACACACACACACACACACACACACACAGGGAUGCAGUGUCCAAGGCUUUCUAUUGGACGGUGAGUGAUCUCAAUCUGUAUGUGUUCAGUUAGGCCUGUGUGUGUGUGUGUGUGUGUGUGUGUGUGUGUGUGUGUGUGUGUGUGUGUGUGUGUGUGUGUAGCAUGUUGGAUGAUGGUGUUGUCAUGGUAACAGUCAUGUAUUGUCGCUGUGCAGUGUGAUGGUUGUUGUUUGUCGACCGUCAGCAUCAUGUGAUCAGACUGACCAUCAAGGGGUUAAAAAAACAACCACUACAAAAAUACUACUAACUACUACAACCAACACUAACUACUAAAACUACAACUACUACUAAACUGACCAUAACUACUACAACCAACACUAACUACUAAAACUACCACUAACUACUAAACCGACCAUAACUACUACAACCAACACUAACUACUAAAACUACAACUACUACUAAAACUACAACUACUACUAAACCGACCAUAACUACUACAACCAACACUAACUACUAAAACUACAACUAACUACUAAAACUACAACUACUACUAAACCGACCAUAACUACUACAACCAACACUAACUACUACAACUACCACUAACUACUAAAACUACAACUGCACUAAACCUACCAUAACUACAAAAACUACCACUAACUACUACAAUUAACUACUAAAACUACCACUAACUCAUAAAACUAUAACUAACUACUAAAACUGCAACUACUACUACUACAACUACCACUAACUACUUAAACUACAACUAACUACUAAAACUACAACUAAACCUACCAUAACUACAAAAACUAACACUAACUACUUAAACUACAACUACAACUAAACCUACCAUAACUACAAAAACUAACACUAACUACUUAAACUACAACUACAACUAAACUGCUGAUGAUAGGUCUAAGGGGUGCCCCUUCCUUGUGUAUUUUUGGUAAUCCAUAAAUGCACGGGACAGCUUCCCCUGGGUACAGUCGGUAAUAGAGUGGGCGGUCGAUAACUCCAUCCUUUUCGAGCUGUUGAAGUGCACUGAUAACUUUCUUUUUGUAGCUGUUGGUGGGAUCCCGUUUAAGAGUUUCAUAGGUGGCAGUGUCACUGAGAAGGCUUGUUACCUUGUCAUGGUAAUCCAUGGUGUUGAGUACCACAGUGCAUCUCCCCUUAUCUGCAGGCAGGAUGGUGAUGUUUUCAUCUUUUUGCAGUGAUGCCAAGGCUCUUCUUUCCUGCAUGGUCCGGUUGGAAGGAGGUGUUUUGGCAUUCCAGAGAGCAGCUGUUACCUUCAGCCUAAGUUGUUCUGCCUCCGUGACCACCAGAUUGUUGUUGCGGAUAGCUGACUCCGUGGCUGUGAUAAGGUCUACCACCGGGAUCUGUUCAGGGGUAACUGCAAAAUUAAGUCCUUUGUAAAGGACUUCCUUUUCCGGCUGAGUGAGAACCCUGUCUGACAAAUUCUUCACCCACUUUUCUUGCAUGUUGGUAUCUAUGUGGCAGUUUUGUCCCUCCAAACAAGUUCUGAUGGACUUCUUGAGUGCUUGAAGAGCAGUCUGUCAAAUUUCUGUGUUUGCCUUAUCUUGCCUUUGUUGUGUUGAGAGUUCUGAGCCUUGUCAACAAAGUUGUGGACUUUGUUGAGGAUGUCCUCUGGAAGUCGGGAUGCCAGUGUCUCCUUGGUGUGAUAUAUUUUAUCUUGUAAGGCCUCGAUGGUGAAGUUAACCUGCCUAAUCCUUUCAUUGAGGAGCUGCUUCUGUGUCCUGCAAAGGAUACUGUCUGCUCUGUGCCCUUUAACGGUGGAAAACAAGCGUAGGCUUUUGGGAACAAGUCCUUGCUGUCUGCAUCUUAGGUUGAAGCGGAGGUGGUUUCUGUAAUCCGCCAUCUUCCUGCAAGUUUUCUCGUGCUCCCGGACCAGCUGAAGGGUAUCCGACCCAAAGUGUGAUCCAAUAUGUCCAUGUAGAUUCUCAUUCAUCCAGGUCAUGGUUAUCUUGAAGACUUAAAAACAGGCAACUGGACUGUGUAGAGUUGAGAAGACGUUUCGCCUCUUAUCCAAGAAGCUUCUUCAGUUCUAAAAGUGCUAGUGUCAGGAGCAGAUAUUUAUCUUACUGGAGAAGGGGGACAGUUAACGACUGGGAGGAGUUGAAAAGAAUGGGUCGUAGAAACCCAUCUCUCGGUGUGUCCCCCCCAAGUCGUUAUCCUGAAAGGGUCGUUAGCGACUCCUAUCAUGUGACCGCAUGACUCAUGCCACCUGAGUCAUGUGGUUCCAGGUGUGAAUGUUUGUGGAGCUUUCUGGGGAGAGAGCUGAGAACUGCAUUGUAAGUGCCAGAGAGAUUGUGCCUGAGUCCACCCCCUCUGUUCAGAGAAGGUUUCUCCAGCCUGGUAAAGAUGGCUUCUUUAACUCCUCUUUCAAACCAUCUGUCUUCUCGAGCCAACACCUGUACAUCGCUGUCCUCAAAAGAGUGACCUGUAUCCUUCAAGUGAAGGUGGACAGCUGAGUCCUGACCUGAGGAAGUGGCUCUCCUGUGUUGAGCCAUGCGCUUGUGAAGCGGUUGUUUAGUUUCCCCAAUGUACAGGUCUGAGCAUUCCUCGCUGCACUGGACAGCAUAUACCACAAAACACCGAGACAUAAACAGAGUAAUGUGGUGUAUGCUGUCCAGUGCAGCGAGGAAUGCUCAGACCUGUACAUUGGGGAAACUAAACAACCGCUUCACAAGCGCAUGGCUCAACACAGGAGAGCCACUUCCUCAGGUCAGGACUCAGCUGUCCACCUUCACUUGAAGGAUACAGGUCACUCUUUUGAGGACAGCGAUGUACAGGUGUUGGCUCGAGAAGACAGAUGGUUUGAAAGAGGAGUUAAAGAAGCCAUCUUUACCAGGCUGGAGAAACCUUCUCUGAACAGAGGGGGUGGACUCAGGCACAAUCUCUCUGGCACUUACAAUGCAGUUCUCAGCUCUCUCCCCAGAAAGCUCCACAAACAUUCACACCUGGAACCACAUGACUUAGGUGGCAUGAGUCAUGUGGUCACAUGAUAGGAGUCGCUAACGACCCUUUCAGGAUAACGACUUGGGGGGGACACACCGAGAGAUGGGUUUCUACGACCCAUUCUUUUCAACUCCUCCCAGUCGUUAACUGUCCCCCUUCUCCAGUAAGAUAAAUAUCUGCUCCUGACAGUAGCACUUUUAGAACUGAAGAAGCUUCUUGGAUAAGAGGCGAAACGUCUUCUCAACUCUACACAGUCCAGUUGCCUGUUUUUAAGUCUUCAAGAUAACCAUGACCUGGAUGAAUGAGAAUCUACAUGGACAUACUAAAACUACCAUAACUACAAAACUACCACUAACUACUAAAACUACAACUAGUACUAAACCUACCAUAACUACUAAAACUACCACUAACUACUAAAACUACAAUAACUACUAAACCUACCAUAACUACUAAAACUGCCACUUACUACUAAAACUACAACUACUACUAAACCUACCAUAACUACUACAACUAACACUUACUACUACAACUAACACUAACUACUAAAACUACAACUACAACUAAACCUACCAUAACUACAAAAACUACAACUAACUACUACAACUACAACUAACUACUAAAACUACCGCUAACUCAUAAAACUAUAACUAACUACUAAAACUGCAACUACUACUACUACAACUACCACUAACUACUUAAACUACAACUAACUACUAAAACUACAACUACAACUAAACCUACCAUAACUAAAAAAACUAACACUAACUACUUAAACUACAACUACAACUAAACCUACCAUAACUACAAAAACUACCACUAACUACUCAAACUUCUACUAACUACUAAACCUCACAUAACUACUAAAACUACAAUAACUAGUAAAACUACAACUGCACUAAACCAACCAUAACUACUAAACCUACCAUAACUACAAAAACUACCACUUACUACUCAAACUACAAUUACUAAUAAACUACAGUAACUACUUAAACUACCAAUAACUACUUAAACUAACACUAACUACUUCUUAGUACCACAAUUAUCAUAAAUAAAUCUGACUAACCACUAAUUACUUAAACUUCUGUUUACUAGUCAAACUGCUACUAACUACUAAAACUUCUAACAAAAGUAACACUUACUAAAACUAUAACCACAAAGACCAACACUGACUAACUCCUACAGACAGUUACCAUGACAACCAUAGACCACUACUAUUAAAGCCACUAUUGACCACUUCUACGACUGCCAGAACUACAAAUAAUACUAUUGACUAUAACUUGAACUUGAACUCCAACUCCCAUAAUUCUCUCUGAUCAGCAGUCCAUCACCACCUCAUGUCAUCCCCUCAUCUCCACCUGCAGCUUCCUGAUUUGCUGAUCGUCUUUAGUACCUGCUCACCUGAGACAGCUGAUUGGCUGUUUCACUCCUGUUUUAACGUAGACGUCUCAUUGGCUGUUUACAUCUUGUUGUAACGUAGACGUCUCAUUGGCUGUUUAUGUCUUGUUUUAACGUAGACGUCUCAUUGGCUGUUUUCCUUCUGUUUUAACGUAGAAGCUUCACUUCCUCUCCCAGCCAGCAGAUGAGACGGGGACAUCUACACUCACUGGCCACUUUAUUAGGUACACCAUGCUAGUAACGGGUUGGACCCCCUUUUGCCUUCAGAACUGCCUCAAUUCUUCGUGGCAUAGAUUCAACAAGGUGCUGGAAGCAUUCCUCAGAGAGCUUGGUCCAUAUUGACAUGAUGGCAUCACACAGUUGCCGCAGAUUUGUCGGCUGCACAUCCAUGAUGCGAAUCUCCCGUUCCACCACAUCCCAAAGAUGCUCUAUUGGAUUGAGAUCUGGUGACUGUGGAGGCCAUUUGAGUACAGUGAACUCAUUGUCAUGUUCAAGAAACCAGUCUGAGAUGAUUCCAGCUUUAUGACAUGGCGCAUUAUCCUGCUGAAAGUAGCCAUCAGAAGUUGGGUACAUUGUGGUCAUAAAGGGAUGGACAUGGUCAGCAACAAUACUCAGGUAGGCUGUGGCGUUGCAACGAUGCUCAAUUGGUACCAAGGGGCCCAAAGAGUGCCAAGAAAAUAUUCCCCACACCAUGACACCACCACCACCAGCCUGAACCGUUGAUACAAGGCAGGAUGGAUCCAUGCUUUCAUGUUGUUGACGCCAAAUUCUGACCCUACCAUCCGAAUGUCGCAGCAGAAAUCGAGACUCAUCAGACCAGGCAACGUUUUUCCAAUCUUCUAUUGUCCAAUUUCGAUGAGCUUGUGCAAAUUGUAGCCUCAGUUUCCUGUUCUUAGCUGAAAGGAGUGGCACCCGGCGUGGUCUUCUGCUGCUGUCGCCCAUCUGCCUCAAAGUUCGACGUACUGUGUGUUCAGAGAUGCUCUUCUGCCUACCUUGGUUGUAACGGGUGGUUAUUUGAGUCACUGUUGCCUUUCUAUCAGCUCGAACCAGUCUGGCCAUUCUCCUCUGACCUCUGGCAUCAACAAGGCAUUUCCGCCCACAGAACUGCCGCUCACUGGAUAUUUUUUCUUUUUCGGACCAUUCUCUGUAAACCCUAGAGAUGGUUGUGCGUGAAAAUCCCAGUAGAUCAGCAGUUUCUGAAAUACUCAGACCAGCCCUUCCUUCACCAACAACCAUGCCACGUUCAAAGUCACUCAAAUCACCUUUCUUCCCCAUACUGAUGCUCGGUUUGAACUGCAGGAGAUUGUCUUGACCAUGUCUACAUGCCUAAAUGCACUAAGUUGCCGCCAUGUGAUUGGCUGAUUAGAAAUUAAGUGUUAACGAGCAGUUGGACAGGUGUACCUAAUAAAGUGGCCGGUGAGUGUAUGUCUACACUCUUAGAUCAGAUCUAAACACACUGAGACUAAAUCAGAUUAAAUCAGAUCAUUGCGGUGGUUUAACCGCCAGGAGGCGUUUAUCGUGUUCACACACGUCCUCCUAGGAUGACCUUCCCAACAUGGCGGCAGUGUCACAGUACAAUUCAGCUUCUGUGUAUAAAUGUCCUCAAACCUGAGCUGUCACUCUGAAGGACAGGUAAAGGUGUUCACAUUUUACAGCCAAUCAGAGGAGUGUGUGUGUGUGUGUGUGUGUGUGUGUGUGUGUGUGUGUGUGUGUUUGUGUGUGUGUGUGUGUGUGUGCCAACAGGUCCAGGUGUAGUCAGUCUUCGGAUUGACAGGCGGGACACGGGAGGGGCGGAUCCAACAGGUGGGGCAGAUGUCAAAGCGAGGGGCGGGGGCAAGGGGGAAGGGGGAGCGACCUGAUGCCAUGGCAACCCUUCAAGCAGCCAAUGAGGAGCUGAGAGCCAAACUGACCGAUAUCCAAAUAGAACUACAACAGGAAAAGAACAAGGUAAGAACUACAAAUCCCAGAGUACUUGAACCCGCCUGCAGCAGAUCUGAGGUCAGCUGUGUGUCUGCGCUCAGGUGAGCCGCCUGGAGAGGGAGAAGAGUCAGGAGCUGAAGGCAGAGCAUCACCGGGCGACGGUCGCCAUGACGGAGCUGAAGACCAAACUCCACGAGGAGAAGCAGAAGGAGCUGACCGUAACCAGGGAGACGUUACUACGGCAACAUGAGAUGGAACUGAUGAGGGUCAUCAAAAUCAAAGACGGCGAGAUUCAGAGACUGAACGGACUCGUGUUGACGCUGAGGGACGGGUCCGCGGACAAGGCGAGCCGCACACCUGAGAAUACACACACCUGAAUACACACACCUGAAUACACACCUGAAUACACACACCUGAGAAUACACACACCUGAGAAUACACACACCUGAACACACACCUGAAUACACACACCUGAGAACACACACCUGAAUACACACCUGAAUACACACCUGAAUACACACCUGAGAACACACACCUGAAUACACACCUGAAUACACACACCUGAGAAUACACACCUGAAUACACACACCUGAAUACACACACCUGAGAACACACACCUGAAUACACACACCUGAAGAACACACCUGAGAACACACACCUGAGAAUACACACACCUGAACACACACCUGAAUACACACCUGAGAAUACACACACCUGAGAACACACACCUGAGAACACACACCUGAACACACACCUGAAUACACACCUGAAUACACACACCUGAGAACACACACCUGAGAACACACACCUGAGAAUACACACCUGAAUACACACACUUGAGAACACACACCUGAAUAUACACACUUGAGAACACACACCUGAGAACACACACCUGAG